GACGAUGGUCUGCUUAUCGAAACCGAAAAUGAUGAGGACUCGAGUGCUGCAGGCCAUCUCAAGCUGCAGCAGCACCGCCGCGUGUUGUACUAUUGGCGUCUCAUCGAGCAUGAGAUCCCCCAUCUAGUCGCGUACCGGAAGCCGUUCGUGCCUCCGAGUCCGGCUACGCCACUGGUCGUGCGCUCAAUAGCAUACGGCGGUGAAGACCACCCUGCGAUACGCAAGCGCACCGUCGUCGUACCGGUCGCUCGUCUGCCCUUGAAAGACGAGGCUGCGAUACACAAGUUCAAGCUCCUCGCCGGAACCCGAUGGACGCCAGAACCGCCAGCGAACUCCGGCGUUUCGCCCCUCGAAGAGACCCAGGAGCACGGUUACUUCAGUAUCUCCUGCGAGGACUUCCCCGUGGGUGCCCAGAACCUGAAGUGGGCUAGCGACGCUCUAGACAGGUUGCUCACGGAGGCCAAUAACACAAAAGACAGCUUCGAGGAUAUCCCGCUUGACACGCGUCAUAUUGAGUCGAAGCAGCGAAAGGAGGCGAAGGGAGACCAUUUGUACGGUCGCAGGCGUGUACGACCGUCUCUCAGAGACUUCCCGAAGGAGUGGUUGCCGGCUGUCGACCAGAACGCUACCUCCGAC